AUGGAAGUUUACGGUAACGGCAUAAUAGCAAUGGACGCCAAACUGGGCGGCGGUCUCUCAACUCUGCCGACAAUAGCCGUACAAAAGAUACCGUUAAAUCACAUGUCAUCGCACGACGACUCCGACGGCCCGUUCCCGUCGCUGAACGGCAAGAGUAACGGCCAUAACCACAGCCACAGUCACAAAGACUCGGCCAACGGUGGCCACCGUGUGGUCAACGGUCACCAACACAACCAUCGGGUGUCCGUCAAUGGGAAGAGUAAUGGUUGCGAUCACGGCAUGAAUGGCGAGAAUCGCGAGAAUAACGGUCUGAUUGUGAAUAAGGGUCACCGAUUGGAUCCGUUAGGUCUGAAGCUCCCGCUGUCACCAAAUGAAACUCUACGCUAUUAUGGCCUACGAAUGAACGCGUUUGAGAGGUCAGAGGUGAGCCACUAUCCGGAGGUCUGGUAUCUGGGAUUGGAUGCAAAUAAGAUCGAUGGCGUGGAGAAUGCCCAACAAAAUCAUGGUUACGACGACGAUAAUGGGUCUUAUAUUAAGGUAAAUUAAGUGCAUAUUU